AUCCUACCAAUGGCCAACUGAAAAGAUUGGUUUGAACCUCGGUGCUUGGAUGCGGAUCGAACCAAAUCAAGCCUCUGGGCUUAGGGUCCAACUCCAUGCGCACAGACCGCGCACACGGAGCACCAGGUCGAAUUCCUGGAGCCCAAUUUCUCCGGCGAAUCUUCAUGCCGACAGCUGCGAGAGCAGAAUAGGAAGGCGGGGAUCUUCGACCCUGACAACCAUGAGCAUCGUGCCUAAGGAAACCAUAGAGGUUAUCGCUCAGAGCAUCGGCAUCGCUAAUCUCUCUGCUGAUGUCGCCCUCACCGUCGCCCCUGAUGUUGAGUAUCGCCUCCGCGAGAUCAUGCAGGAGGCGAUCAAGUGUAUGCGGCACUCGAAACGGCAUGUUUUGACGGCGGACGACGUGGAUAGCGCGCUUAGCUUGCGGAAUGCGGAG